UUCAUCAUCUGCCCCCCUCCAAAAAAAAAAAAACUUUACUGUUUCCUCUGCUUUUUCUCUCAAAUGCAGGCUGAAAAAACUCAAGCUAAUAAAAGCCGGCUUCUCUCAUGGGCUCUGUUACAAUAAAACCUGCAUUAAAUUCUUUCUGUUUUAAUCCUCAAUGCUCCAAAACCAAACCUCUUUAUUAUCAUUCUCCUCAUUUCUGCUUCCUCAAAGUUAAAGCCUCUCCUGUUUCUUUCUCCUUUAAAUCUCCUUCUAAUCCCAUAAAUCCAACUCAUAAAUGUAAAAAUCGAAGCUUUCCCGUCAACCCUUUAUUGGUUUUAGUCCCAGUCUUAAAGAGCUUCAAAGGUUUGGCCUUCUCACAUACUCAAAAAUGGGCUUCACGUUUGCACGCUUACACUACAGAAUCAGAGAAAAUUUUAGACCAAUAUAAUGGGCAUUACUUACAAAAUGGAGGUUUUGGGGUGGCUUUAUUAAGUGUAACAGCUAGUGCUAAGGUUCGAAUUAGUCCAUUUGUGGCGACUUUGGCGGCGAAUCCAACGUUUGUUUCCGGUUUGUUCGCAUGGUUUAUUGCUCAAUCAAUGAAGAUGUUUUUGAAUUUCUUUGUAGAAAGGAAGUGGGAUUUUAGGAUAUUGUUUGCUUCUGGUGGGAUGCCUUCUUCGCACUCGGCUUUGUGUACUGCUUUGACAACAUCAGUGGCGAUUUGUCAUGGAAUAGCGGACUCGCUUUUUCCUGUUUGUUUGGGGUUUAGUUUGAUUGUUAUGUACGAUGCCAUUGGAGUUAGAAGGCAUGCUGGGAUGCAAGCUGCGGUUCUUAAUAUGAUCGUUGAGGAUCUAUUUCAAGGACAUCCUAUCAGUCAAAGAAAGCUCAAGGAACUUCUUGGCCACACUCCAUCACAGGUCCUUGCUGGAGCUAUGCUUGGCAUUGUGGUAGCUUGUAUAUGUUGUCAAGGUUGUCUGGUUGCAACCUAGAAUACUUCUGCAGGCAAUUUUUGGUCUAAUCGUUUGGACAGAGUUUUGCUAGUUUAAAAUACCCUGGCUCAGUUGUUCGACCUGCUUAGAUAUUGUGGUCUACUUAUCUUCAAUAACUAAAACCUAAAGAGCCGAAUUUUUUGUUCCCGUUUCAGUAACUUUACUACUUGUAACACAAACCUGACUUGACGCCAAUUUAACUAUCUAGAAACUUUUUUGCCUGUAUAUUGGAUCAUGAAUGCCAGUCAGAACUAAUUGUUAGAUGACGGGUUAAGGGAUCCAGAACAAACUUGCAUGACUAUUUUUUUCCCGGGUUACAAUCAUGAGCCAUGACCGGUUCUUCUUGGUAUCUCGUUAAAGUUCAUCUAUUCCUUUUUUAUCUGAAAAUAAAUUCGGGACAGGCGGUGCAAAUUUGGGGUUCGAGAUGAAAAUUCCAACUUGGACAGCGUCAUCUCUUGACGCUACUUUUCCGGGCCAUGGUGACGUCAGAAUAUGGUUGAAGUGCUCUCUCUUUAGUUUUUUGUGGGAACGAAAUGUUUUGGUGGAAACCAUAGAAUGCGCCACGUGGUGGUCAUAGGAUGCAACGGACCGCACAACCUCCACUUUGCUGAUGGCGACCAAUAAAUAAUGGGUCCCAGGAUCCACCAGUUACCACCAUGAUUAGUCUGAAUGAGAAACCAAAAAAGUUUCCGAAGAUUCUAGACAAUUACUGUCAGCUGAAUAUCCCAAAAUCUUUGUCUGGUAU